UAUGCUUUGAAAUCAGAGCUGUCUAUUUAUUUGUAGUUUUUCAUUCUGUUUAAAAUAUGCCGCUGUUUAUAAACCCUAAUCAAGUUUUUACUCAGAGAGUUAACUUGCUGGAGCACAAACUCCGCGGAAAAGAAGAACAGAUUAUUAAACUGGAGACUGAAAAUGCACUGCUUCACCUGAAACUGGCCGAAUGUUAUGGGAAACUUGGAAGAAAUAAUGAAGAGGAGACUUAUAUUAGCAGCCUAUACCAGGAUCAACUUAACCGGAACAAAAAUACAAACCUUUUUUUAAAUGAGCUUUUCAAGGAAGUUCAGGUAUUAAAACAAAACUUGAGAGAUCUCUCUUCGAUAUACGCUGGUUUCUCAAAAGAACUUGAGCAGCAGAGCAAAAACUUCCUUAACAAAGUCAUAGCUGCCAGCUGCAUGAUCCAAGACUGCAGUGUGGAUGUGAACAAACUACAGGCACAAGUUCUUGAUCUGGAAAGAUCUUUACAAGAGGAAAAGAACAAAUACAAGGAUGAGAGACAGAGGAGAAAAGUCCUCCAUAACACCCUAAUUGAGUUUAGAGGGAACAUCAGAGUUCAUUGCCGGGUGCGUCCGUUCUUAUCUAUUGAUGUUGGAAACAAUGACACAGAUUUGCUGUCCAGGUCUGCGACAGCUUCAGAAAAAGUGGUUCAUGCAGUUAAUGAUGACACCAUCCUUGUUAAGUGCUCCAGAUCAGGUUAUCCAACUGUGAACAAAAUGUUUGAAUUUGAAAGAGUGUAUAGCCCUGAUGAUUCUCAGCAAACAGUAUUUGAAGAAGUUCGACCUCUGCUUACCUCCCUCCUAGAUGGAUAUAAUGUUUGUAUAAUGGCUUAUGGACAGACGGGAAGUGGAAAGACACACACAAUGAUAGGGCCACACUCUGAAAAUGGCUUCAGCACUGAAGCGUUACCAGAAGAAGGAGUUAUCCCUAAAGCUACAAGGGAGCUAUUCAGCCUGAUAUCUAAGAAAUUGCCUGGGAGCCAUUCCGUUGAAGUGUCUGUGGUGGAAGUGUAUAACAAUGAAAUCUUUGAUCUCCUGGCAAAAGAUGGUGAUGGAUCAAUGUUGAUCAUGAAGCGCGAUGUCAUCACAACCAGUACAGGAAAUAGCGAUGUGCCAUCUUUGACACAUGAAAGUGUGGAAAAUGCUGCAGAGAUCAUGCAUGUUUGUAACCACGGAUUGCAGCUUCGAGCAAAACACCCAACACUGGUCCAUGCCGACUCCUCUCGCUCUCAUCUGGUAGUUACCAUCACUGUAACUACACAGUGUGCUUCAGUUGAGGGUCUAGCUGUCUCCCUGCAAAAUGUGCGUCAAGAGUCGCUGAGCCACAGGAGUCACAGGCAGCCUCCAAAACUCAGGGUUACAGAUGAACAAACAAUGGUUCGCUCCCGGUCUCCCUCGCCUAGGUCCAGUCUGACAGAGCUGCCAGUGCUCCACAAGCCAGUAAAAACUAAACUGCAUCUAGUUGAUCUAGCAGGCAGCGAAUGUGUCGGACUGUCUGGAGUGACUGGUGUGGCCCUUAGGGAAACCUCUUUUAUCAAUCGCAGCUUAUCGGCGUUGUCAGAUGUACUUGGGGCAUUGGCAGAACGACGACCUCACAUCCCCUAUCGAAACAGCAAGCUCACCCACUUACUGCAGGAUUCAAUAGGGGGUGAUGCAAAAUUACUAGUGAUGCUUUGCGUUUCUCCUACCCAGAGGUACAUGACUGAGUCACUGCAGUCAUUAGGAUUUGGAACCCGUGCACGGCAAGUUCAAAGGGGACCGCCUAGGAAAAAGUUGACCAAAUCCAAGUAACUUUUUUGUGUAAGCAAUGCAUUUCAUAAAAUCGGUGUUCCACUUUUUACUGCCAGAUGUGCAAGCUGUCUGGUCUCAAAAUGAAAAACCAGCACAGUAAUGAAGUAGGAUAAAGAGUAACAUAAUGCAUAAAAAGGAUUAUCAGUGAGACAGAUGCAUUAUUCUGUUUCCUAUUUAAAAAAUACAUUCAAAGAAUGCCACAUUCACAAAAGCAUUUGCUAGAACAGCGGUUUUCAAACUGGAGUACGCGUACAUCUGGGGUUACUCGAGUGCUAUUCAGGGGGUACGCGAGAAAAAUCCUAUAAUGGCAGACAACAGGAUUUGAUUUUUAUUUAUUUAUUUGUUUGUUUAUUUAUUUAUUUAUUUAUUUUUACCACAUUG